AUGAGCCCAAGUAAUACGCAGGCAGAUGCGGCCACCAAGCUUCAAGCUCCGCUCGAGGAGAUAGACAAGAAAGGCAAUAAACUCGCGAUCACGUGUGCUGUUACAUUGUUCGCAGACCCUGUGGCUCGACAAGCCAGAAUACUGCUUGAAGUGCGACCACCACCUACCAGUCCACCCGAGCCACAAUCCUCAACGUGUGGCCAUAAUUGCUCGUAUAUAGGGAAAUAUUCAGGACUUAUCGAAGGCCAAAAGCUCGACCCCGACGACUACCAAGAGAAGAGAGCCGGAAUGUGCCAGGAAAUGUCAGGAUACUGGGUCGGCCCCUGUGAAACCAACAAAUUCUUUGAACUCACGAUGCCCCUGGACUUGGAAGAAGGGGCCGUUGAAGAGCUCCCCAGUAUCGAUCCAAAAUUCUUUGCAGGAAAGAAGCCGGCUAACGAAGAUGAAGUGUUCACUGAAUUUAGUACUUUCUUCAUGAAAACCCCGGAAAAAUCCCACUUCGAGGGUCUCAAGAUGGUCGAUAGCUCUCGACACGCGGACCCAGACUCCAAGGCUGGCUCAAAGGUCAAGCCAGACGGUGGCCUGCACGACGAAGACGACGCCUCUGUCACCAUCGCUACACCUACGCGGCUCGGCAGCGCGCUCUCUGGUUUGGAACUCAAAAAAUGGCUCUUAGAACUAUUCGAAGAUCUUGCCAGAAAGCUGGGUGUGAGUUUCGAAGUUGACACGAUCGACGCACGAGCUGCUCGGGGGCAGCUCGCAACAUACGCCACGGAAUAUUGCGCUCGCCAACACCGGACCCACUUAUUCCUUGUCUACAUCUACUUCCCCUGCGCCCGGUUGAUCCGAUUCGAUAGAUGCGGUGCCCUCGUUUCGGAAAAAAUCGACCUCUCUGUGGAUUGCACACCAUUGAUCCGGUUCUAUUCGAGGUUCUCCAAGAUGACAGACGCUCAAAGGGGGUACGAUCCGACCGUCAAGCUCGCCAGUGACGAAGAGACAAAGCUCGCCCAAGAACGCCUGAAAGAGUGGGAACCAAUGCAUCAUCGCCCCGUAUUCAAGAUGGAUGUUUACGACGACGUGGAAGAAGUAAUGGAAGACAACAACAAGGCAGAGGUCUCUACCAACGACGCCGGCGUCGGAGCGGAGACAACUCAGGCUGCUGACGAGAACGUUAAGAAGACACCGACGCCACGAAAGUUCCUUGUUUGGGGGUCUCUCGCCGAUCCAGACUCGCCACUCGGGCGAGCAACCCGCGGAUAUCCAGCUCUAGAGGUGACUGACGGGUUGGAAAAGGCCAAGGACGCUCCGCUCGUAUUCCUGAAGGAGCAAUGGCGCUCGAAAGCCAUCGAACGAGGAGAAAUUGCCAUUCUUCGGGAGCUCAACAAACAUGGCGUUGAACACGUCCCGACAUUCGUCUGUGGCGGCGAUCUUCCGGACCAAGUCACGCAAACGGACGUUUUUGCGAAUGAAAUCGGUAGAAUAGGCGGCAAGGCCAUCGAUCAACGUACCCAUGUCCGCUUCGUUGUCAAGGAGGUGGGUCGACCGCUCGAGUCCUUUUCUUCGUCGAAGGAGAUGUUCCGAGCUAUCCAUGAUGCAUUUCAAGGUCACAAACAGGCGUUCGAAGUGUGUCAGAUACUACACCGCGACGUUAGCGGGGGGAAUAUCUUGAUUCUUCCCAAAGGAGGGGGGCUGCUCAACGACUGGGAUAUGGCGGUGAAGGUUGAGGAAGCAAAGUUAGGGCCCAGAGCUCAUGAACGUACAGGUACUUGGGCUUUCAUGUCUAUUGACCUCCUUGAUGGUGCAAGACGUCCCCACAAAGUCAGCGAUGAUAUGGAAUCUUUCUUCUGGGUGGUACUAUACUAUAGCCUCCUUUACCUCCCCCACAACAAGACCAGUCAGCUUGGCCUCAUGAUCCCUGCCAUUUUUGAGCAAUAUACCUACUACGGGGAGGCCAAAGGAGGAGACGGGAAAACUGCUGUUGUGGUCUCGGGAAGGUACAUCGGUGCUAGAGGGAAUCCUCGCCUGGAGUUCACGCUCAGCAAGCCACUUACAGAAUUCGUGAAAGCAAUGCUUUCCUGCAUGAGGUUAUGGAGUGCAUCAGAAACGAACGCUUCCGAUGCGGCAGACCAGUCAGCAUUUUUUGCGUCAACCGCUCCUCCAAUCCCGGAAAUACCAGAGCGCACGCACAAGGAUGUGAUUCGUAUAUGGGAGGGCACACUUGCCCUCCACUGGCCGACUGGCGACAAAGCGAUACUGCAAUACGUGAAGAAGUCUGAAGGGGGCACCGAAGGGGGUGGAUCCAAGAAGAGAAAAAGCACUACCCAGUUGGAACCAAACGGAGGCGCCGACGGCCAUAAACCGAAGAAAUCGAAGACUCGCAGCAAUGCGAAGGUACCCUCCGCCGGGACCAGGAAGAGUUCCCGCUUACGCCGUGGCUGA